AUGGACCUAUUGUUUUUGGGGAAGAUGUUUACUGAGAAUGGGGUCCUACCAGAAUAUGGAUUAGCUACUGAUGGAAUACUUCAAGCAAAUGCUGCUGGACAUUUGUUCCUUAAGGAAAUUACAUCAGAGAACAUUCCUAUUGAAAAGGUUCAGUUAUAUUUUUCCCCAUUUACUAGGACGAGGCAAACAACAGAAGCUGUUGGGAGUGUUUUGAACAUACCUUUUGCUAGUCCUCAAAUGAAGGUAACAGAGGAGCUGAGGGAACGAUAUUUUGGACCACAACUCGAGCUUCAGUCUCAUGAUCAUUACCCGGAAAUAUGGGCUCUUGAUGAAAAGGAUCCUUUUAGCCCUCCGGAAGGAGGAGAGAGUGUAGCAGAUGUUGCUUCUAGACUUUCUACUAUUGUGCCAAAGAUAGAAGCAGAAUGUGAAGGGUAUGGCAUUCUUCUUGUUGCCCAUGGCGACCCUCUACAAAUCUUUCAAGCAAUUCUACAUGCAUCAUUCCACAACCAUCCUACAGAGAAGAAUGGAAUCUUAGAAAUAGACAUGCCUGGAGUAAUGACUCCUUCCAUAUUAUCACAGCAUCGAAAAUUCUCUCUUCUUACUGGGGAACUUCGCCGAGUUAUUUAAAUGUUGUUUUUGUUAUCUCCUGUAAUAGAUUGAUAUAGUGAGUUUUCACAUUUUUGGUGGUAUCAUUGCUUAAUACAAAGCUUUUGAAUACUCAAGUCAAUACAUUUAGAUGCAUUAUUGUGCGCUAAACACUGAAAUGGGUCGACAACUCAGAUGACUUCUAUGCAGCUUAUCUUGUUGCACUAUUAUGUUAUAUUUUCCAUCAAUUUAUAGACAAAUCCACAUAAGAAAUGUUUGUUUCA